AUGGCAACCACAAUCGACCCACGAGUUAUCGCAGAACUUGCCUUAAUACUAGAAGGCAUCAACCCAUUUCCUCAUCCGAACGAAUUCAACUUUGAUACAUGCCGAGGAUUUAAGAAAGAUUCCACGAGUCGCUGCGGAAAUUCACCUGGCACAGCUGAAGAACGGAAAAAACUCACGGCUCUGUUGUCUGAAUUUCGAGUUCUAAAAAAAUGUGUCGACACUGGCAGCCUCUAUGAUAAAAUGGAAAGCCUUAUUACUCUCACGCACUGUAAAAGACGACAUCGCGAGGAUGCCUGUGAGGCUUUUGACAAAUGGAAGGCACAAAGGAAGACAGUUGCGUCAGAUUCACCGCCAGUGACUCCAAGAAGUGCGAUACCACACGCUGAUUCCUUAGAGUCUCUCUCUGAUGCCAGAGGAAUUACUUUACCAAGAUCUGUUCCUGAUAGUCCAGGAUAUGAGGAUCCUACCUCGGACUCCUACAUUACAGAGAAAAUGAAGAGCUUGAAAAUUUGUACUACGGCUCACGACACCCAGACCAAGACAGACUGCCGCUGCUUUGAUGAAGCCGAAGCACAAACGCAAAGGUUUAAGAGGCUUGGUGAUGUUCGUCUCCCCGAAAAAGGGAAGGAGCAGGACGACGUUGAAAUAUACAAGACGAUACGAGAUCCUCCCAGUGCUACUAGCAUGUGUGGCGGCAUUCUUUAUGUCCGCGAGCAUACCAAAAUAUCUAAUUUAUGCAAGAUUGGGUGGACGAGAACGUCUGCAGACCAGAGACUUAAGCAGCCUCGAAACUGCUAUAAACUUGAGACGAAGAUUAUUCAUCAGACCGAAGGGGGGACGUUCAUUGGUGCUUUCCAAGCUGAAAGAAUUGCUCACGCAAUACUAGCUCACAAAAGGAUUCUUAUUUCCGGGUGUACACAAUGCAAAAAAAAACAUAGAGAAUGGUUCCUAGUAUCCGGAGAAGAGGCAUGCAGUGUUGUCAAGUUAGCGGAGCGGUGGCUCAAGAUACCCGCAUACUCUCUCCAACAGGGGAACUACAAGCUAACACCCAAGGGAGUCGGUAUACUCAAGAUAAUGCUCCCCUUCUCGAUAAAUGACAUGAACGUGCUAAUUGAUAAAACUGGCAAACCGGAUAACAACCUCGGUGCAUCCUCUGAUACUACACCAAGAGCCGCAGACCGAGAGACAAGCGCAUUUAAUGUCUCUUCUACCGCUGCUGAGAAAGAAAUCCCGAGGGUUUUCGUCGAUACAAGUUAUGUUAUGACGCAAUCACUGGGCUAUACUCUGAGAGGGAUAUCGCCUAUGGGAAGAACAAGUAGCCAAGGAGCGACCCAUCUGGCCGAAACCGAAGAAAUGUUUGAAAGAUAUGAGAUUCGAUCCAGAGAAACAACACCUGAGGGCAAUUACAUCAUCGUCACGGAGCAAGAGAACAUUAUACGCAAGAAAGUAUCUAGAACCAAUCUCGAUUAUGAUCGAGUCCCCAACAAAUCUGAAGGCAAUAAGCAAGAGGUCAAAGAAGUCGUCGAGGUCCGGGAGAUCUGUAGGGUUUCAAGUGGAAUAUCAAGGUGA